AUGGCAGUCAUCGAAACAAACACAAAGAGCUCUCUGCAUCUUCGCAGCAACAGCUUACCUUCCACACCUCACCCUCUCGUAUCACAAUUUGAGGACAAUUUGCAAAGAUUGAAGAGUUCUGAAGGCACCUCUUCGGCGUCAUCAUCCUUGCCUUAUUACAAGAGUGCAGUGAAAAAUGGGUUGAUGUCUUUACUAGAAGGAUCACUUAGGAUAUUGGAUAUCUGUAGUAUAGCUAAGGAUUUCCUUUUGCUAUCAAUCGAAAGCAACCAUGAAAUACAAUCAAUAAUCAGAAGAAGGAGAGCCAAUGAAACUGGACUCACAUGUGCAAAAUACAUGGCUUUUAGGAAGAACGUGAAGAAGCAAAUCAGAAAGGUGUUGGUAAAUUUGAGGUCAAUGAAGAAUGAUUUGAUUUCUUCUUCCUCAAACAAGAAAGAAAAUAACUCUUCACCUAUGCUUCAAUUCUUGAAAGAAGCCGAAGCAGUCACCCUAAGCUCACUAGAACAUUUGUUUCUAUUUAUCUCUGAUCCAAAAGGACACUCAAAGAACGGAAGAUGGUCAGCAAUAUCCAAGUUGAUGCAUUCUAAAAGAGUUGUUUGUGAUUCUCAAGAAUCAGACACAAAUGAAUUUGAGAAGGUGGAUGCAGCUUCGAAGUCUCUCAUCAGCAACAAGCUUUCAUGUACUGAAAAUGUUCAAAGUCAUUUGGAAGAUUUGGAGAUAUGCAUUCAAGAUCUAGAAAUAGGAGUUGAACGCAUUUCAAGAAAAUUAAUUAAAAAUAGAGUUUCACUUCUUAACAUAUUCAACCACUAA